AGAACAUCAUGUGGUCAAGGCUCCUUAUUAAAAAUAAGUCCUGAUCUCCUGGAGCUCAUACUAUCCUUCCAUCUUGCAUUUCUGCUUGAUCCUGUGGAAGACUUCUCUCUAGCCUGACAAAAUGUGUGACCAGUUUGUGGGCACCUGGAAGCUUCUUUCUAGUGAAAACUUUGAGGACUAUAUGAAAGAGCUGGGUGUGGGAUUUGCUACCAGGAAAAUGGCUGGUGUGGCCAAGCCCAGUGUAACUAUCAGCAUCAGUGGUGAUGUGAUAACCAUCAAAUCGGAAAGCACCUUCAAAAAUACAGAGAUCUCUUUCAAGCUGGGUGAGGAGUUUGAUGAGAUCACAGCAGAUGACAGAAAAACAAAGAACGUCAUAACUCUAGACAACGGUGUACUGAACCAGGUGCAGAAGUGGGAUGGGAAAGAGACUAUCAUAAAGAGAAAAGUGGUGGAUGGGAACCUGGUGAUGGAAUGUACCAUGAAUAAGGUCACCUGCAAAAGAGUAUACGAAAAAGCAUGAAGAAACCAUCUUCACAUAGAACUAAUGCUUAAUGCUGGAGAAAAACAACUUAACCAAAGGAGGAAAAGCUCCAGAAAUCCAUUUUAAAGAGAACUGUACUUUUUACAGAUAUAACUCAAAACAUUUACAUGCAGCUAGUCUAAUUUGUUGUGGCUACUCAAUAAAAUGUUCAGCUUUCUACAA